AUGAAGCCCUCUAACAAACCUUCAAAACCUAACAGAAUUUCCCACGUCUGCGACCAUUGCCGUCUCCGAAAACUCAAGUGCAGUAAGGACAAGCCUACUUGUACCCGCUGCGCCAAACUAGGCUUGCAAUGCGUCUACACUCCAUACCGACAAAACAAUCGCGAUUCCACUACAUCAGUCGAGGCGCUAGAAUUAGAGCUCAAAGAGCUGAAGGCCAAAUUGGCUUCUUGUUCCAAAGCUCGGGGCGAUACUAGAGCCUCUGUAGUAGUGCAAAAUCCGCAAAGAAAACGCCCAAUCAAUUGGAAUAGUCUCGUAUCUCCAAUAAACGUCCAUGGCAUUUGGAAAACGUACUACGCUCCAUUCAGUGAUUUGGCUUUGUUUGCACGCGAUCCGCGUCUGAAGGCUCGAGUAACAGACUUAUUUGAGCAACAAAUUGCGCUCACGAAACUACCGAACCGAAAUGACGAUCUAUUGAUCAGUAUAAGAAGACUGCUACCUCAGCAGCACAUUUUACGCGAAGCCAAGUUCGCAUUUGAAAGCACAAUUUACCCCAGUUAUCCCUUUUACAAUUUGGAAGCUUUUCAUAAGUUUUAUGAAGAUGUGCUUUACAGGCCCUCAGUGCACAACGGAUGCACUCAACCUAUUCAUUUUUUUAUUUUAUUACUAUUGAUGCUAUGUCUCACGGAGAACCUCGCUAUCAAUCCAGACCUGAUCAACGAGUGGAUUCAGCAGGCACAAAUUGCAUCUCAAACCAGCGAAGAGAAUCCCGCUUGUUUGCUAUACUUGAAACUUUACUCCAGCCCUGUGAAAUUGUCUCUGACGUCUAAACCGAGACUCACUGACGACAUUUGUCGAAUGGCUUUUGAGCUUGGACUCUUCACCCCUACGUCUUGUUUACUCAACAGUGAACUGCGACGAAACCUGUGGAUGGGUUGCGUGAUUCUCGUCGAACCCACUUCUUUCGAUGAGCACUUUCUUGAUAUGUUUGAUACCAACGUUUCAUGUACUGUUACGCCGCUGCUUGCACGCUAUCGUUUCAGCUCUAAAUUGUCAAAGGUUUGGAAAUGCGUGAUGACUACGUCGGACGAGUUGGAAGAAGCUUUACUCUCCCUGUCUAGUUACGGCGAAAUCCAAGCACAAGCUAAUCUUGACGCCUCUUUGAUCGCUGGUUGCAAUUUGACCGCGCAAAGCACCAAAUUCAACUUGCUCAUCAUGCAAUUCUUGCAAGAAGAACAUGAUGGCAUGGGAACGGAAUCCUCAAGAAUACAGAUGCAAAAUUCGUUCGAUGAAACUCUUGUCUCUUUGAGGGAUCUUUCAAACAUUGUAACAAGCGAUAAACAUCUCCUUCGCGCCCAGACAAUCUUUUGUCUCAAAUCGUUAUCGUCUUAUGUUUUGAGCAUUUCAUCCAGGCUAGUGUCUGAAAACAAGAUUAGUGAGAUCUCGAAGCUAAAAUGCAAGCUACAAGAAGCAGUCCAAUUAUGGCUACCGAACUCAGGCUGGUGCGAUCGGAUCUGCAACUUUUUGAACGGCGAAUGUGGAGGAAGCGUUCUGGAUGUAUCUGACAUAUUAGAGGACCCUUUUAACUUCACAUCUCCAGAUUUUCAGAUACCACAAUCUGCCACGAGUUCCAACAACGGGCUCGAAGAACUUUCUCCGACACUAUCGCUAGAAUCGUUUGAAUCAUUCUUAACCGACUCUCUACCGACACUACAGGAGCAGUUCAACCAGAAAGGACCACUUUUGUCUUCCGCAUCAAAAGAAAUUUCAACAGAUGGCGAUACCGAUUUCGACCUCAAUACAUUUCUGUGA